CUUCAAUGAUCGAAUUGUAAUUGCAUACUUUAUCAGAGGACUGAAUUUAGUUAAUAUAGAUCUUCAAAGCCUUGAGCAUUUAUCCAACCUUCAUAGGCUCAUGACAUUGAGAAUGGCUGCUACGUUGACACCCCUCGCAUCAUUGCAUGUGUCCAAAUAUCAAAUUCCAGCGCACAAUCUCCUACCCAACACAUCAAUGCAAAAAAAGCCUUUGUUACAUUAUCAUAGCGUCUUCCCAUCAUCAACCACGCCGUCGGCCAUCGAGUCGCAUCUGGAGUUGGUUGGCGUUGUAGAUCCACAAUGGCGCUUUAGCAUGUACACCACAACGCAUUUCCACAGUACCACUCAUGAAGUCCUCUGUAUCUCACAAGGCAAGGCGACGUUAUGCUUUGGAGGCGAGGAGAAUCCUGGCAAGAUUGAAUUGGAGGCUCAAAGGGGCGAUCUGCUGGUAGUACCAGCAGGCGUGGGACACAGGCUACUGAAAGAGGAUGGCAGUGAGGAUUUCGAAAUGGUCGGCAGUUACCCCAAGGGUUGCAACUGGGAUAUGUGUUAUGGCAAAAAGGGCGAAGAGGCCAAAGUGAAGAGCAUCAAGAAGAUCCCAUGGUUUUCGAGGGACCCGGCAUACGGCGAUCAGGGCCCAGUGCUGGACGUCUAAUGUCAGAAUAGCACAGAAGUCAGGCUCUAGAUUUCACCCUUGCAUGGCUUAUACGCGAAGAAUAAAGGACUCAAGUGAGGCGACUCGCUACAUCACGAUUGGUGACUGUGCUAUGAUCGUGUAAGGUGCUGACGUAUCUGUGCUUGAUAUUUUCAGUACAAAUUUUGACAGGACUGGUCAAUGAGAGCAGACACAUUUUCCCCCCAUGACUGCAGCCCG